AUGGAUCCCUGGUUCACAACUCCAAACGGUUUCUCCAGUGAAUUCCACAAUUUCGGUCAACCAUUUCCUGACACCCACCUACCUCCAAGUUUUGAUAUGCCAGCAUCGCACGAGCAGGCUCUUGGUGGACAAUUUGUCGCAGACCAGAGCCAUUUAUAUGCUCCACUCGAUCCUGCUUUUGACUCCUUCAUUCAAGGGCUUCAGGAUGGCUCCUCUGUUAACAACAUGGGUGAUCCGGGGGCCGCCCAAGUUACGUCUACCCCUACAGCGGGCCCUCCCCGAAAGAGUAGGAAGAAAAAGGCCCCGACUCUACGUGAUGAAGACUUUGAACCAUUCAAAGACCGAAUCCUCGAACUCUAUGAGACGAAAAAGUUGUCACUUGAGAAGGUCAAAAGCAUGAUCGAGGAGGAAUUCGGCUUCACUGCCCAGCCUCGACAGUACCAGACCCGUAUAACCAAAUGGGGCAAAGACAAGAAUAUAAAGAAGGCUGAGAUGACAGCUAUCGCCAGAAAGCAUCAGCAGAGGGAGAUUCUCGAGACUGACAAAAGGAAGCUGCGUUUCACGGUCAGAGGUAGAGAGGUUGACGCAGGUAAGAUCGACAGAUGGAUGGACAGAAAUAAUGUCCCACGAAAUGACCUGUAUGCUCCGAGUCCUGCAGCAUCUACCCCAUCCGCAGUCGAUUGCAGAACCAUUUCUGAGAGGGGUUCCCUAGCCCACAGCCCAGCCUUAUCAGAAAUGAGUCUCACCUUUUCCACUGGUGGCAUCACACCAGUUGCUCAAAGUCCAAUGGCAUCUUCUCCCGCACUCUCCGUACGAGGGAUAAUUCAAGGUCGUGGCAGUACUUUCAUUGGUCAGAGUCCAGCGCCUAUCUAUCCAGCUCUUCCAGCUCAACUCCCGGCUUCUGAUCCAUCAACUACAAGGCCUGUUCAUCCACCCUCAACUUCUACAUUAGCCCCGCAGCAGUAUCGCUACAAACAAGCUGAUGAAGAUCGUCUACGAUCAGAACUAUCUGUGGCAGAGACCUUGUUCGGCUCCGAGCAUGUUGAGACCUUCCAUAUAUUGGUAAUGCUGGCUAACGUUCUUGUUCAACAAGGGAGAUACACAUCCGCCGAAGAAAUGAUUCGUAGAGCGGUUGCAGGCUAUCAGAAGACAGUGAUGGGUGACGAUAUUCGAACUCUCGAUGCUUUGGAACUCCUGGGGCGAGUUCUAAAUUCUCAGGGCCUCUAUCGCCAAGCCUCAAAGCUCCUGGAAGAAUUACUUGAUACCAAAAGGGUGGCUCUUGGUGAUGAGCAUCGAUCCACUGUGUUCUGUAUGAUUCUUCUGUCGAGGGUGUAUCAGAAUCAACGCCGGUGGGACAAGUCUGCUUUGCUUGCUGAACGAGUGCUAGAAAUAUCAAAGAGGAUGUGGGGUGAAGCGGACGACACCACGCAGACAAGCAUGGCGGACCUGGGGCUUGCAUACAUGCACUUGGGGCGAUUAGAAGAGAGCAAGCAGCUGAUAGGACAGGCUCUCGAAUUAAGCAAGAAUCUCUUUCGGGAUGAGCAUAUUUCGACGCUGAAUAUCAUGUCCUACCUGCAAUGUUUAUAUAUGCGACAAAGUGAUUGGGGUCAGGCAGAGGCGAUUGCAAUACAGGUUAACAACGCAUACAUGAAAAUGUUUGGCGAAGAGCACCCCAGAACUUUUUCCUCCAAAGCAGACUUGGCUUGUGUAUAUAUGGGUCUAGGACAAUUAGAGAAAGCUGAGGAGAUAGCAGAGCAAGUGCUAGAGAUUCGGAAGAGGAUAGCUGGGGAGAACCAUCCUCAUACACUGCAAACUACAAGAAGACUAAUGUAUAUAUACGAGAAGCAAAAUAAACAUGGAAAGGCUGAGGAGCUCGGGAGGUAUAUUCAGAAGAUGAAAGAGGGCGGACGGGUGGGUAUUGAGUUAAGGUAG